ACCGAGGCCAGAGAGCGGCUCGAACCGCACGCAGCGACACAAAACUAGACAAAAACACCGAGAGGGUCCGGGUUCACACUCGAACCCGCUCACCAGGCUUGAGGCGUGAGCAGUGCUGUGGCCAUGUACGACGGGGCGAAGGUGCCCUCUCCCGAGACCAGUGCUAACGGUGCCCCGGGUGCCGCCACACGCCCCAAUGGCGACGAAGAACCGGAAGAAGAAGAAGAAGGAGCCGCGCCGCCAAAGCCUGUGCUGGUGAAGAAGGCUCGCCGCGAAAUCCUGGACCAUGAAAGAAAGAGACGAGUGGAGCUAAAGUGCAUGGAGCUGCAGGAGAUGAUGGAGGAACAGGGAUACUCAGAAGAGGAGAUCAGGCAGAAGGUCGGCACAUUCCGGCAGAUGCUGAUGGAGAAAGAGGGAGUCAUAACCAGAGAGGGAUCUAAUCCUAGACCACCGGUGACAGUUUUCCCCCCUGAUAUUGAAGUGGAUGCAGAGGGCAGUGGGUACGCUGAUGGCUAUGAGGAUGGCUACGGAUGGCAUGGAGACUACUACAAUCGAGAUUCUGUCACCCGUGAUGACUAUAGAGCCAAAAGAAAGUCCAGCAGCUCUCCUUCUCCUCCACCUAAGAAAAGAAAGAAGAAGAAGGGCAGAAGACACAGUCGGGUUGACAGCUCAUCUCCUACACGGCGAGGAAAAAGAAAGAAGAGUGGCAAGAAGCACAAGAGAGACAGAUCCACAUCUGGGUCCAGAAGGAAGAGGAGACACAGAUCAGGCACACCAAAAAACAAACACAAAGACAAAAGUAAACUGAGAAAGAAAUCUCCAGCAGAGUGUACCAGCAGGAGGCCCCAGCGCAGAGGUAGCUGCUGCAGCUCGCGCAGCGCCUCUGUCUCAUCUACAGCCACCAUUUCCAGAUCCCCCAGCAGGUCCAACCUGAAAUACAGGACGGAAAGACAGAAGAGGUCUAGUGCAUCUCCAUGUCCCAGUCUGGAGAACGGCCACCACAGCGAACGUGUUCGCAACGGCAAACACUCUGGACUAGAGGGCGAGAAAAGCAGCGAUAACUUACGGUCACUGACUUCUUCCUCACCGAAUGAAGUGCAGAGGCAGACCUCGCCUAACGUAAGAGAAGCGAAGAGCCACAGUGCCCUCUGUAGGAGCCCUGGACGACAGCAGACACAUGCCCAGAUGGGAGAGGCAGGAAAGGGAGAUGAGCGGCAGCGAGGUGGCAAGCUGUCCUUUGAGUCAUCAGGGAAACGGGCAGGACGGACCUGCCACUCUCCUGCCCAUAGCAGUGACUCCCAACUUGAUCUCCAGUCUAAAGCCAAGAGCACACAUGUGAAGAAAGCAAAAGGGUCUCAUUCAUCUAAAAGGCGUAAUCAGAGUAGGGCCCAGAACCGACAGCGCAGUGUGUCAGCAUCACCAACUUCACACCGGCGCACGACCACCCGCAAGAAGAGCAAAUCAAGCCUACAGCAACGAAGCAGCUCAUGGAGCAGUGUUCGCUCUUCUUCAUGCUCAAAAUCACGAGAGCACACACAAAGCAAGACCAAGUCCCCACAUACUCGCCAGAACAACUCUAGGGAGCGGGACAGUCCUCACUACUCUGACGCUGAGAGAACUCGCCGACGAUCCCGCAGUUAUUCUCCCAUCCGUAAGAGGAGGAGAGACUCGCCCAGCUUUAUGGAGGCACGCAGAAUCACCAGUGCACGCAAGAGGCCGAUACCGUACUACAGGCCUAGUCCAUCUUCCUCUAGCUCUCUGAGCAGCUACAGUAGCUCCAGCCGAAGUUGGAGCCGAAGCCGGAGCUACGACAGCUACAGCAGCUACAGUCGGAGCAGGAGCCGAAGCCGGAGCAAAAGCAGGAGUAAAAGUCGGAGCAGGAGCAGGGGCAGGAGCAGGAGCAGCAGUCACUCACGAAGCCCCAGUCAAGCGCACAGCUACUACAGUCACAGCAGCUAUGAGAGCCCUGGCUUCUGACAAAUGAUGGGAACAGUAACAGAUCACAAUUAAAGGAUGGAUGGAAAAUCAAAGAAAAGGCAAAUUAAAACGACACUUCAGACUCCCUCAUAUCUGUGGUAAAUAAGUAAUUAUUAUAACUAAAAAGGUGUAAUCAUAGCCAAGAUUAGCAAUUUUGCAGCGCACCUCCAGGGUUGAAGGUUGGGGGUUUGCAUCUAACCCCUGGUCUGUGUGCGUGAAUGUUGCAUGUUCUCCCCGGACUUAGUGGGUUUCCGGUUUUAUCCCGGAGUCCAAAGACAUGCAUUGUAGGCUUAUUGGCGUUUUCAAAUCGCCUGUAGUAUUUGAGUGAAUGUGUGAAUGUUUGUGUGUCUGUAGAUUGCAAGAAGGUUAGGGGUUCUUAGCAGCAGACCCUUUCCUUAGCAUUCACCGAUGAAGCACUGAGAUUCGACCAUCAUUCACAAUUUUUCCAGCACAUCACAUCAGAUGAUGAUUACAGUACAUCAGAUACUGGUAAUACAUAAUUAAACAAAGCAGCCAAAAAAAGAAGAGCAAAGGAACCUGUCUAACAGUUACCUGUGUGUUACAAACAAAACGAAACAGACGCUUAAAGCCAGGAGAACAAAACCAAGCACUUUUAUGGCCUAAAAUUCUUCCAAAUUGCAUAAAUAACAAAAAACAAGGGUCAGAAGAAGUGACGAGAUCAACAUCGAACGUAAGCCAACAGGGAGUGACCAACGACUCCAUGGACGGCGAAGACAUUCUGUAAUAUUCUUUCCCACCCCCUUCCAAAGACUGAUAUACACACGAACGAACGAACAAACAAACACGAGAACAAACACAGACUGUAUUAAAAAUAUUAAUAAUAUUCAUGAUAUUUAUCUCAUGUUUUACUAGUGGAAAACAGAACUGUGUGCUUUUCUAUAAGAUGUAUUAUACAGUACGUAUACACCGGGAUGUUGAUGUGUAAAGGUGUAAACUGCAAGCUCUGGCUGUAAACUAUGCACUGUAUAUCCAAACCUAUACGAUAUAAGGCUUUGUAUGUGGAAAAGUUAGCAUGAUGCAGCAGAGGAGACUUUCAUAUUACGAGCACCUGGCCAACUCACACACAUGCAUAUACAAACGUAAUGCAUAUACAAAUGUAAAUUUCUCUUCGACUCCUUCUUUAUUCUCUGCUCUCCUCGACUGUUUCAUAUCGAAUACACCUGUAUGCAGAAAUUUAUCAUUUCGGGCACUAUGCCACUUUCCUUGGCUAUGGGGAUUGCAUACAUGGUUGUAUUGCUAUUUAGAGCUUUGACUAAUUUAGUGCAUUAGUUCUGUACAGUUAUUAUUAUUAUUAUUAUUAUUAUUAUUAUAAUCAUUGCUUUUGUCAGUAUCUGCCCUUUGAAACCAGGCUGCGAAAAACCCAUGUCUGUUUGAUCAUGUUGUAUGUAUUUAAUUGCAUAUUAUUUAUUUACCUAAUUGUUCUUAUUUAUUCAUUAUUUAUUUAUUUAAUUAUUUAUUAUGUAUUUAUUCAGUCAUUAUUUAUUCCUUUUGAAAUAUUAUUGGGGAAAAAAAUCAUUUUGCUUGAAAUAAAACUAGAAAUUAUAUGUUUGGAUUUUCUGAAGUCCUAGCGAAGAAUUUUGAGGUUGUAAAGUAAAUAAAUAAUUGAGGUCAAAAUUUCCCUAAGUUUGAACCCUAAGCAUCAGUGCUACUCUACAGACUUUCUGUAUUUUCCCCCUAAAUAUUUUGCACAUACCUUUACUCGGAAAUCUUCAAUAAAAACACUGCUGAUCUCAGAACAGUUUCUUCCUCUUAUACCUUUGAUUAACUCUGAAAUCAGAUUUCCCUUGAAUCCAACAUGCUCACAGUUCUCUCCCUGUAGGACUUUUACUGAAAUUGACAAAUGAUUUGAUGAUGCAAUCAGGGAACAACAUGCUCACAGUCUUCCUCUCCUCUCUUGCUCACACUUUUGUCAGUGUUCUAGAAGUCAUCCUUCAUGUGGAUCAAUACCCUCUUCUGUACGAUUAUACAGCGCUUAUCAUGGGACUGUAUAGACAUCAGUAGAUGUAGUGUACUAGUUAUUAUUCUACAAAAAAAUAAAGUAUAUUCC